AACCAUAUUAAUGAGAACCCUUUAUCAUUUUUAGCUUUCCACAGAGUUUCUCUAUCUAUCAAAACUAUGAGAUGUUGGAGCUCAGAAUAGUUGGAUACAAUUAACAGGGCAUUGUUUGAAUCACUGUUUCUGAAAAUUGGUUUUGGGUCUGUUAAAAGUGGCUCUUUGUUAAUGGAUAAUGGAGAAGCGCAGGGACCUUAUUGUUUAUGGGGGCCUGAUAAGAACAGUGAAAAGAUAGAAGUGAAUGAUCCUAAUGAGGUUUAUGUGGUCAAGAUAGAAGAGGUUCAACCUAAAAGAAGAGGUUGUCUACGUCAUUCUGUUUCGGCACAAGUAGAUUUGAGAUAUCGGGAUAUAGAAAAGGAGAAACUUGAUGGCCAAUCUCCUAGAGGAGUUUUGGAAGCUUGCCUGGAAAGCUUUGAACCUGACACUAGCGUUUCUGAAGACAACAAACAGGAACCAGAAGCUCCUUGUCCAGAUUCAAAGCCACAAUCUCAGUGGCGUAACUUCUUUAAGUUAUGGAAGAAAAGAUCAAUCAAGCAGCACUUUACUUCCUUCCCUCUUGGUGUACCGAAGAUGUCAAUAAAAAGAAGGAGCAACAGUUCAAAAGACAAUUCAGUAUUGAAUAAUAUCUACAACUUCAAGUCUCCAUUAAGGAGUUUUUCCUUCUCUGCACUCCAAACCGCCACCAAUAAUUUCAGCAGUGAAAAUAUAAUUGGAAAGGGUGGCUAUUCCGAAGUAUAUAAGGGGACUUUAAAGGAUGGGCAACUAGUAGCAGUAAAGCGCCUGACUAAUGGAACAUCCGAUGAGAAAACUGCAGGCUUUCUAUCUGAACUUGGAAUUAUAGCUCAUGUAGAUCAUCCUAAUACUGCUAAGCUAGUUGGCUGUUGCGUUGAAAAAGGAAUGCACCUUGUUUUUCAAUUAUCAUCGCUUGGGAGUUUAGGAUCUCUCCUUCAUGGUCCAAAGAAUGAUAUUCUUGAAUGGAGUAAAAGGUAUAAAAUUGCUUUAGGGGCAGCGGAUGGUCUGCUGUAUCUUCAUGAUAGUUGUCAGAGGCGAAUCAUCCAUAGAGAUAUCAAGGCUGAUAAUAUUCUACUUACAGAGGAUUUUGUGCCACAGAUAUGUGACUUUGGGCUUGCAAAGUGGCUACCAAAACAAUGGACUCAUCAUAACGUCUCUAAGUUUGAGGGCACAUUUGGGUAUUUUGCUCCUGAAUAUUUCAUGCAUGGGAUUGUAGAUGAAAAGACUGAUGUUUAUUCUUUCGGAGUCCUACUCUUGGAGCUUAUAACUGGGCGUCCAGCUUUGGAUCAUCUUCAGCAAAGCCUUGUAAUUUGGGCAAAGCCCUUGCUUAAUAGAAAUGACGUCAAGGAGCUCGUUGAUCCUUCUAUUCGUGACAAUUAUGACAGCACAGAGAUGGAUCAUAUGAUUUUGACUGCAUCUUUAUGCACAGAGCCGUCUCCUAUUCUACGUCCUCGCAUGAGUCAGGUCGUGGUACUGCUAAGAGGUGACGAGUAUGUCUCCAAGUGUGCAAGAGAAACAAAAAGGAGGUCCCUGCUGAGAACAUACUCGGAAGAACUGAUGGAUGCACAAGAGUAUAACUCAACAAAGUAUCUGAGUGAUCUCCACCGACACAAGCAGAUUGCUUUUGAGGCUUAAAAAUGGAUUGAUGAAAUUUUCCAAGCACCUGUGAUUGUUGUAAGUUGUCAUUGUGCAGUUUUCUGGUGUGCUUGCAAAUCCCGUGGUGAUCUGAGUCGGUUUUACUCUGUUCUUCAUGGUAUUGGCAAGCACUCUUUUUCUCUGAAACUGUGACUUUAUCUUUGGUGGUGUUGUAAAUUGAGCAAUGUGAGAGAUAUUAAGCAACACUAUUUCUAUGUGUCUGCUGACGGCA